AUGGAACUUGUAACAACGGGAAAUAACGCUAAACAUUUUCCAGGGAAGACAGCAGUUGACAUCUUAUCUCUUAUAAAGAGAAGAAAACCAAGUCAUCAUAGAAUCGAAAGACUUUAUAACGAGUGGGCUAAGGACAACAGUAGACUGACUGAACUGCAGUGGGCCACAUGCCAUGAUGAUGUGGAACAGGCAGUUGAGUUUGUAUUAAAUGACGGUGUAGAUAUCAAUGCCCCUGGGUCAAACAAUGAUUGGACAGCUUUGCUGAGGGCGAGUCGUUCAUCCUCAAGUCAGUUCAUUGAGACCCUUAUUGAUCUUGGAGCAGACGUUAAUGCUCAAAGAAAAGAGGGAAAAGAAACUCCUUUAAUAUUAGCAGCUGAGUGGAACAACUACAUGGCAGCGUACUUGCUUGUAAGACAUGGAGCUGAUGUAAAUGUACAGAUUAGUAAUGGGUUCACAGCACUGCACUUAUCAGUCAAAAAAAAUCACGAAAAUCUCAUCAGAUUAUUACUUGCAAACAAAGUGGAUGUAAAUAUUCAUGAUAAAGAUAAAGAUACACCAAUGUUCCUGUCAGUCCGGAGAAAUGACGAAAUCCUCGUCAGAUUGUUUCUUGAACAUAACGCAGAUGUAAAUAUGAAAGAUUAUUCUGGAGAUACACCCUUGCGUUGGUGUGUCAGAGAGGGUAACGAAAACCUCUUUAGAUUGUUACUUGAACACACCGCGGAUGUAAAUAUGAAAGAUUAUGCUGGAGAAACACCCUUGCGCUGGUGUGUCAGACAGGGUAACGAAAACCUCUUUAGAUUGUUACUUGAACACAACGCGGAUGUAAAUAUGAAAGAUUAUGCUGGAGAAACACCCUUGCGCUGGUGUGUCAGACAGGUUAACGAAAACCUCUGUAGAUUGUUACUUGAACACAACGCGGAUGUAAAUAUUCAAGAUAGACUGGGAUAUACACCCUUGCACUGGUGUGUCAGAGAGGGUAACGAAAACCUCUGUAGAUUGUUACUUGAACACAACGCGGAUGUAAAUAUUCAAGAUUAUGCUGGAGAAACACCCUUGCGCUGGUGUGUCAGACAGGGUAACGAAAACCUCUUUAGAUUGUUACUUGAACACAACGCGGAUGUAAAUAUGAAAGAUUAUGCUGGAGAAACACCCUUGCGCUGGUGUGUCAGACAGGGUAACGAAAACCUCUGUAGAUUGUUACUUGAACACAACGCGGAUGUAAAUAUGAAAGAUUAUUUUGGAGAUACACCCUUGCAAUGGUGUGCCAGAGAGGGUAACGAAAACCUCUGUAGAUUGUUACUUGAACACAACGCGGAUGUAAAUAUUCAAGAUAGCCUGGGAUGUACACCCUUGCACUGGUGUGCCAGAGAGGGUAACGAAAACCUCUUUAGAUUGUUACUUGAACACAACGCGGAUGUAAAUAUUCAAGAUAAUCAUGGAUAUACACCGCUUCACUUAUUAGUUCGUGAAACUUAUAUAUUUAACGGUGAGAUAAUCGAUCUCCUGGUGACGUAUGGGGCUCAAAAUAUAGACAUCCGUGACGCAGAAGGCAGAACUCCUCUUCAAAUGACAGUGAAAUAUGGUAACGCGCAAGCUGUGAAAAAGCGCAUUGACCAUGGAGCUAAUGUUAAUGUGGUUGAAGCCGAUGCGACUGAUGCCAGAAGACUGAAACGCUUAAAGAAUAAAGCUGAAGAACUCACAGAGUCUCAUCGCAAAUCAGAGAAAAACCUGAGGCAAACCACCCGCUCGUCUACAUAUACAACAGAGGAAAUAGAGGAAGAAGAGGAAGCUGAACAAAGGAAAACCCUGGCAGUGAGGCACCACAAAAAAAAAGGCGACUACAUCUUCAAGAACAAAUAA